AUCAUAUGACUUUCGUCACAAAUCCAAUCUCCACUUAUUGAUUCGUGUCUUGGUCUCUAUUCUCGCUCGACAUAGUUUUUGUGUGUAUCAGUUAUGGCGAGUCAGACACAGGGGAUCCAGCAAUUGUUGGCUGCUGAAAAACGAGCGGCCGAGAAAGUAUCAGAGGCGAGAAAGCGAAAAGCGAAACGCCUAAAGCAGGCCAAGGAGGAGGCUCAAGAUGAGGUGGAGAAGUACAGACAGGAGCGCGAGAGGCAGUUCAAAGAGUUUGAAGCCAAGCACAUGGGCACAAGGGAAGGUGUCGCAGCUAAGAUCGACGCUGAAACCAAGGUCAAAAUUGACGAGAUGAACAGGAUGGUGCAGUCACAGAAGGAUGCGGUAAUCAAAGAUAUCCUGAACCUGAUCUACGACAUCAAGCCUGAACUCCACAUCAAUUACCGCACUUAAAAUAAGCGCACAAAUUGAACAUCUAAUUUGUUGCAUUGUUGCAUAUAAAUUGCGGUCACGCAAUAAUAGAUUUUAUUGUUAAUGUAAUACUGUUCUUAAUCGAUAGGCACAUAGGCGCGGAGCGACACCUCGCGGGCGUGCGCGCGAUCUGUCAGCUGUCACUUUGACGUUUCAGCGCGGCAAAGCCCUUUUGCUGUAUAUACAUACUCCGCUUGAUUUCUGUAUUUAAUCAAUGAUUUAUUAUAAGCAUGUAACGGAGAAAUCAGCUCGGUAUCAUUCCAUUUGAAAUAAACUCGAAGGUCCGUUAAAUAAAAACAGAAAACAUAAUGUUACAUAGGUGUAAUUCGUAAUGGAAAUUGUAUGUUUAUUCAAUGUUGUAUGUUGAAUAGAAAUUAAAGUUUAACCAAAUUAAUCCGAUUUUUAAUAUUUUUAUUUUAUUUCUUGUUACGUUUUAGUCAAAUGGAAGCUGGCGUGUACAGUAUUAGUGGAAAUAUAUUAUUGAUCUAUUA